UGAAAGCUUAAAUCGUAUUCAAAGUCGUGAACCUCUUCCACUGUUCCCUCUCGCUCUCACCUCACUCUCUCAGCCACCGCAGCUCGGCCACCGCCGGCAGCCACCUGGCAAAAAUAUGAAGAUUGUUUCAGUUGCACGUAGAUCGUUAAAUGACGAUUUUUCACAUUUGUUUAAUAAGACCCAUUUGUUCAGAGAUCUUUCCACAUGGGUGAAUUCAGAUAAAGGAUUUGUUAAUCAGCAGGCCAAUAAGUCAGAGUCCCCUGAGGAAUUUGAGCAGCGGAUAUUUGGUGAAAUUCCUGGGAGAAAUUCCAAAAAUGAUGUCUUUUUUGAAAAGCUUAAUCGACAUAUAAAGGCUCAAGAUAGAUCUAGUUCUGUAGAUGGUGGAAGUUCCCAGAUGAUGCAUGGUUUAGGAGAAGGUUUUGACACAUUAUCUGAUGGAAUGGAUGGAAAACUGAAGAAUGCUGCUACAUACUUUGAAUUUGAUCCAGAAGAAAUCGAAAAAGAAGAUUAUUCUUUUCGAUAUGAUUCCACAUUUUGGCCUGGUUCGACAUAUAGUGGAAAGGAUCUUGAUCUUAGAAAACCUGGGGUACGCAAACCUCCCGUAAGGGCUGAAUUCAAAGUAACCACCAAAGAAGUUCUUAGUCAAGCAGAUUUCAGGAAUGUUAGAUUCCUGGCAAACUUCAUAACAGAGGCUGGAAUCAUCAUUAAGAGAAGCAAGACUGGCAUUAGUGCAAAGGCUCAAAGGAAGGUUGCCAGGGAGAUUAAGACUGCCCGAGCUUUUGGCUUGAUGCCCUUUACAACCAUGGGUACGAAGUCGUUUGUUUUUGGGAAAACUAUGGAGAAUCUUGAUGAUGACUUUGCCUACCAGAGUAAUAUUAGAAACAUGCCUACUGAACCUGACAUGGAAGGAUACAACCCUUGAGAACAUCGAUAUAGAUGCUUAUGUUUAGGGGUUGAAGUUGCUUGCAUGGUCUCAUCUGCUUUUUAAGCUUAUGCUUAUCUCCUUGUCCAAGAUACAGUUGAAAUUUAUUUGAAUCUUGAAUUUGCAUGUAUACCUUGAUUGCUAAGGUGCUUUUGUAGUUUUUACUUGUAUAUUAUUUUAAAGCCAAAUGGUAUUAUUGAUUUGUACCUGAAAAUUACAAGGAUUGUCAUCCUAAAAUGCAAGUUGACCGUUCUUUGCACUAGAGCUGUA